CUACCGAGUAACGUGUUUGUUUAUGCAAUAAAUAGAAAAUUUUAACUUGCUUGUUUUCAAAUAUCGCUUAAAGAUUUCGUGUAAAUUACCAGUGCUUCAAUAGCAAUGGAAACUAAUUCGUUAAUACUUCCAACACCGAGCACAAUCAGUAAAAUCUAUAGCAAGUUGGGUACUUCUCAGAUAAAAAUAGAUCUUGACGUGACACUUCUCAAAGAAUGGAUGCGAAAACAGCCUCACCUUCCGAAUCCAAACGAUGAUGGAAAGAUAAUUGAUGAAAAGCGAAUCAAAAUGUUUUUGAUCACGUGCAAGAAUAGUUUGGAGAAAACCAAAGUAAUGUUGGACCAGCAUUACACUAUAAAGCUCUUAGUACCAGAAUACUUGUCUAAAUGGGAUCCGUCUUUACCAGAAAAUAUUCAAUCAAUGAAACUAUCUUCUUUCGUCCCCUUACCAAAACCUACACACGAGGGCCACAGAGUAAGCCUCUGUUAUUUAAGAAAUAAAGAUCUCCAUACAUUUGUAUGUCAUGAUUUUUUUAAAUUAUGUUUAAUGGCACAUGAUCUCAGAAUAGCAAAGUUGGACAUCUAUAAUAAGGAUAUAUUCAUUAUUGAUUUGAACAAUUUUUCCAUGAGUCACGUAACAGCAUGUAUGCCGAAUAUUAAGAAAAUGUUUGAAAGUACACUUGCGUACCCAUAUCGGCUACAUGAAGCUCACCUAAUUAAUACAAAAAGUUUCAUGCAACCAAUUUUAAAUAUAGUAACAAGUUUUCUGAGUACUAAAAUUUCUUGCAGGGUGAAUUAUCACAAAUCCAUAGAAGAACUGAAAAAUUACAUUGAUCCUAGUAUUCUUCCACUUAACUAUGGAGGAACUUUUCCAAAGACAUCGGACGAAAUAACAGAUGACUGGCAUGAUGAAUUGAUAAGGCACCGAGAAUGGUUUAUAACUCAAUCAUCAAUUGUGGCAGAUAAUAGUAAACGCCCAAAAAGUUCCAAUAACAACUUAGAUUAUAUUGAAAACUCAAUCGAAGGCUCCUUUAGGAAACUAGAAGUCGAUUAGUAAUAAUUCAAGAUUUAGUUAAUAUAAUUUUGCUAGUUCGCCAAGAAUUUGCUAAUGGUUUCUCGACAACAUAAUUGUAAUAUCGUUUACUUUAAAUACAUUUUUCUAGUUGAAAACUAUUUUUCUCAUUAUUUAGGUCUAGUUAUAUGUGGUGCAUAGAUUUUUAGCAAAAUAGUUUUUGCGGUGUAAGAUGAAAUUAAUUAUUGGUGUUGUAAUUAAAAUUUAGGAAACAAUGUUAACAUCAAGUUCUUCUUUGUAAUAAUACAAAUGGAGGUGUAUGUUGUAUAAAGUACGUACACCACCAUGUCUUAUAUUUUGUUUUUUAUUCUGCGAAAAAAGUUAUUGUGCGUUUGUGAAAC